GCCCCUCCUGGUGAGGCGGCCAUGGCCCGGCGGGGUUCCGGCUGAAGCGUGAAUAGCCUUAGUGGUCAUCAGGAGGAGAGAGCCUGCUCGCCGGUAGUCCGGAGAGUCGCCCGUCCUCCAGGCCCUGUUGUGGAGAGCAGUGUACUGGUAACACUAGCGCUCAGCGUCGGAGGGGGUCGCGUAGGAGCCCGUCAUUGUGCAAAAGCAUGUUCCUGUAAUGGACACCUGUCAUAACGCUAACAUUAGAAAGAAAACACUCAGAUCAUCAAUGCAAUUGCACUGAGACAUAGUGCUGUCUCCUCCAGCACUGUCCAGGAAGUGUCUCUGAGAUCUGACCGUCCGUUUCCCUGCGCUGCCUCAGCACCUGUUACAAGGACUGCGUGGCACCAUGAGGGUUCUCUUACUGAAGGAUGCCAAGGAGGAUGACAGUGGCCAAGAUCCGUACGUCCAGGAAUUGGGAUUGUAUGGACUGGAAGCCACCCUGAUUCCUGUUUUAUCAUUUGAGUUUUUGUCUCUUCCCAGUUUGUCAGAGAAGCUGUCUCAUCCUGAAGGCUUUGGGGGACUCAUUUUUACCAGCCCCAGAGCAGUGGAAGCAGUGAAACUGUGUUUGGAGAAAGACAAUAAAACUGAAGUCUGGGAAAAGUCUCUGAAAGAAAAGUGGAAUGCUAAGUCUGUGUACGUGGUUGGAAAUGCUACUGCUUCUCUGGUGAGUAAAAUCGGCCUGGAUGGAGAAGGAGAAAACUGCGGGAACGCAGCACAGCUUGCAGAGUACAUUUGUUCCAAGGAGUGUCCGGCCGUGCCUCUUCUGUUUCCCUGUGGAACCCUCAAAGGAGACACCCUUCCGAACAUGCUCAAGGACAGAGGGAUUCCCAUGGAAAGCAUCAAUGUUUAUCAGACAAUCCCACACCCUGGGAUCCAAGGGAGCUUGGAGAACUACUAUUCCAAGAAGGGUGUCCCGGACAGCAUCACAUUUUUCAGCCCCUCUGGCCUUAAGUACAGCCUUGAGUACAUUCAAGAGUUAUCUGGUGACAGCUUUGACCAAAUUAAGUUUGUCGCCAUCGGGCCCACCACAACUCGUGCUCUGACUGCCAAGGGCCUGCCUGUGAGCUGCACGGCAGAGAAGCCCACUCCACAGGCCCUGGCCACCGGCCUCACAAAGGCCCUGCAGCCCCAGAGCUGCUGCUGAGGCAACGGGGGCGGUGGCCCCAUGGCCAGGCCCCGCCCCGGGGGUGAGGGCAGCCUGCUGUCGCCCCAGGGAUGGAUCCCAAAACCAGACAGGGAAACUUGGGAAGCUGGCACUGUCACCAUCCUCCCUGAUGUGGGAGCAUCUAGAGCAGAGAUGGACCCAGCCCUGGGACUGGCAUCAUCAGCCCACACACACAGCACUGCCCUCCUGGAAGUGUAACUUGGAACCCAACCCUGUGUACACUGGCUCCGGAGCCGGCCGAGCCGCCUGCGCCUGGCAGGAAGGAGAGAAAUAAACCACACGGGAGACUUG